AUGACCACUUCAUUGCUUUUAUCCCAAAACUUAGGACUCAUCAACCAAACUUCCUUUCGUCGGAAUUCGCUUGCUUCCUCCAACUUCCUGCCCCGGAGGAGUCCUUUGGAGAGGAAGUAUGGUGGGUUCGUCCCGAAUUGCAAGGAGAAUGGGAAGAGACAAUCAAAGAAGACGAGGGGGAGGAGGAGGAGCUGGUGGCAGAGGUUUUUCUUCGACGAUGAGGGAAAUUGGCUGGGUUUGAAGGAAGAUGAUAUGUUAGAGGAUCAGGUGGCUGAAGAAGGUUCUUCGAGUGACGAGGUGGAGGAGAAGUUGUCGGAAGCGGAGAAAUUCGAUGCUUGGAAGAGGAGAGCUGAAGCGAUUGUGGAGUUGAGGGAAGCCCAAGAGGACAUGUUGAAUGAGGAGAGCAGAAGAUGGGAGGAUUGGAUUGUUGAUGACGUGGGGAGUUCAAGUGAUGGUUAUUAUGGCAAUGGUUCUUGGUGGAGUCCACGGGAGCUCAAUGGAAAUGGCGGCGGCAUUGGGAAUAGGUCAGGGGGAGAAGAGUCGGAGUUUGAUCCUAGUGACUUGGUGCCGCGGAACGAUUUUGUUCAAUCUGUUAAGGAAAUGGUUCUGGGGAAGGACGAUGAAGAUUUGCUUUAUGAAGAUCGCGUUUUUCGAUUUGCUUCUUUGAAUUCAGCAAAAUAUUUGGCAGUACUGAUUCUCAUACCGUGGGUUCUUGACUUUGCGGUUCAUGACUAUGUUCUCAUGCCCUUUCUGGACAGAUAUGUGAAGACUGUGCCACUUGCAGCAGAAAUGCUUGAUGUCAGAAAAGAUCAAAAGCUUGAGAUGGUGAAGGAACUGAGAAAGGAAAAAGCCAGAUUGCGACUUGAGGUAGAGAUGGGUGUAGCUCCACCACUUUCGGAUGAUGAAGUUUGGUUGGAGUUGCGUCACAAAGCGUUAGAGUUACAAGAUGAGUGGAAGUUAGAAAAUCGUACCGCAUUCGCAAACAUAUGGUCCGAUAUGGUAUUUGGGAUCUCAUUGUUCUUGCUUUUGUACUUCAAUCAGAAUAAAGUAGCUUUGUUGAAGUUCACAGGAUACAAAAUACUUAAUAAUGUAACUGAUACAGGGAAGGCAUUUAUGAUUAUACUCAUCACAGAUAUUUUUUUAGGGUACCAUUCGGAAUCUGGCUGGGAGACGUUGUUGGAAGUAUUUGUUGAGCACUAUGGGCUUCAAGUUGAUCCGUCCACUAUCACCAUUUUUGUCUGCUUUGUUCCUGUUGUCAUUGAUGCUUGUGUGAAGCUUUGGAUGUUCAAGUUCCUGCCAAGAUUAUCACCAAAGGUGGCGAACAUAUUUCAAGAAAUGAAGCGUCACUAG